UCUCCCAUUGGCCCGCCCCCUGCUCCACCUCCUGUGACUAACGGUCGCGCCAGGCUGAGGCUGACUGGACGGAGUAUCGCUGACUGAACGGCUGGAUCACACCCAGGAUUGAACCGAGUGACGCGCCCUAGCGCCCGGACACAGCCGCCCCGGUCCCCGUAUCAUGGUGAGCGCCCCAGGGCGUGUUCUGCUGACGCACCGCCCGGGGAAGGAGAGCCGUUUGACCCGCAGCUUCUCCCGGUGACAGCGCCGCGAUAAUGAGUUACCCGGACAUCCGCCAGAAGCUGAUGUUCUCCGCCAGCGACUUUGAGGAGGAGGACGGCAACAGCACGGGCGAGGACUCGGCCUUCCAGGAGUCGGACUCCCCCAGCGGGCAGCCCCCGCACGAGAGCCCCGGGAUGAGGCCCUGGGACGACGACGAGGAAGAAGAAGAAGAGGAGGAGGAGGAGGGCAUCGGCUCCUCUCCUGUCAAGUCCCCCGGAGACUUCUUCACCUGCGGCUCCCCGUACGGGCGACAGCUGCGGGAGGGCUCCAGCUCCCCGCUCCCGGACUGCCCGGGCACCCCGCCCCACAAGACCUUCCGCAAGCUGCGCCUCUUCGACACCCCGCACACCCCAAAGAGUUUACUCUCCAAAGCCCGCGGCCUGGGCUCCAGCGGAUUGAGGAACAGAGGAGUCGCCCUGUUCAGAGACCUGGAAAAGUCAGACAAGAGGGACUGCGUGUACCUCGCCCCCCAAGUGAACAUCAACCCCUUCACCCCUGUGUCCUUGGAUCUGCAGGGCUCCAACGAAGGCUGCCGGAGGAGGAAGAGGGCGCACUGGAACGACUCCUGUGGUGAAGAUAUGGAAGGCAGCGACUGUGAGCUGAUGGAGGAAAGCAUCCGACCAGCUAAGAGGAUCACCAUUACGGAGAGUAACAUGAAGUCCCGCUACGCCAUCGAGUUCCACGAGCUGGAGAAGAUCGGCUCUGGAGAGUUUGGGGCGGUAUAUAAAUGUGUCAAGAGGCUCGACGGCUGCGUCUACGCCAUUAAACGCUCCAAGAAGCCCCUGGCCGGUUCCGUGGAUGAGCAGAAUGCAUUGCGGGAAGUGUAUGCUCACGCUGUGCUGGGGCAGCAUCCACAUGUAGUGCAGUAUUAUUCAGCGUGGGCCGAGGAUGAUCACAUGCUUAUUCAGAACGAGUAUUGUAAUGGAGGAAGCUUAGCAGACGCCAUCAGUGAGAACUACCGCACCAUGUGCUACUUGACGGAGCCCGAGCUGAAGGACCUGCUGCUCCAGGUGGCCCGGGGCCUGAAGUACAUCCACUCCAUGUCUCUGGUGCACAUGGAUAUAAAGCCCAGCAACAUAUUCAUCUCUCGGACAAAGGUUCCCAGCACGACGAUGGAUGAAGCAGACGACGAGGAUGGCGGCCCCCGAAAAGUGACCUAUAAAAUAGGUGACCUCGGCCACGUGACCCUCGUGUCCAGUCCACAGGUGGAGGAAGGUGAUAGUCGUUUUCUGGCCAAUGAAGUCUUACAGGAGGAUUAUUCUCACUUGGCGAAAGCUGACAUUUUUUCUCUUGCCUUGACGGUCUGGUGCGCUGCAGGGGCCGAACCGCUCCCAACUAAUGGGGACCUGUGGCAUGAAAUUCGGCAAGGCAAGCUGCCCAAUGUGCCGCAGGUGCUGUCCCAGGAGUUCAUGGAUCUAAUCAAGCUCAUGGUUUCUCCAGAUCCAGAGAAACGGCCUUCAUCUGCGGCCCUUGUCAGACACUCUGUUCUCCUGUCUGCGUCACGGAAGAGCGCCGAGCAGCUGAGGAUAGAGCUGAAUGCCGAGAAGUUUAAGAACGCGCUUCUACAGAAGGAACUGAAGAAAGCUCAGAUAGCAAAAGCUGCAGCAGAGGAGCGAGCGCUAUUUCCUGACAGAAUGACCACGCGAUCCACGUCACAGAACAGAACCACCCGCCUCAUAGGCAAGAAAAUGAACCGCUCAGUCAGCUUGACUAUAUAUUGAUGUGUAUAUAGACUGGGGAGCUUUUGACGACCGUGGCUGAUCGGAAGCCUUCUUGCUGAUUUCACGUCUUUUUAAUUCGUCCGUGGAAAUGAUGGUUCAGUCGAUGAUUCGCUCCCGGACCUUUUUAGACGUAUGUAGUCAAUGACAUUGGCCCAGGCAGCAGUUGCCACGAUUGCCAUCAUGUCCGGCUUGGCUCCUGGAGGAUGGUGCUGAGCCCUGGCCUAAGGCUGCAGUGCCACAUGUGUGGCAUUCCGGGCGUGACGUGGUUUAAGAAGCGUUUUCUGGAUGUCCUCUUCAGUUCCACAUUUUCUUCACCUCCAUAGGGGGUUAAUUACUACGUGAAAGGAAGUGGAGCCGUCAGUGGAAGAGACUAUUGUGACGCUGACAUCAUUACUAUAAUGUGACACUUCUUUAUUACUGUAGUUUACCGUUCCUUUAGUGGAAAUUCAGCGGAUUGUACUAAUACGGUAUCUUCGAUGCUUCUUGUAAAUGUGUAUGAUACGUUUUUUUCUUUCUGGUAAGUUCCAAUGUAUAAAAGUUUAGUCUGUAGCGCAGAAGCCUUGGCGCCAGCAGUUGCUUGUACCUUGGUAUAUUUUUUUUUUACUUGUAUAUUUGACUUUGAGCACUUUCUCUGCACCCGGUGAAUCCUUGGAGAACGCCUUGUAUUUACCAUGUGAAACUUGCUGCUAUUAGGUUUUGUCUUUUGCUGUACAAAUUGUAGCAUUAAACAAUCAUGGAUGGUAACCCCCAUGCUAGUGACACGUGGCCGCCCGCUAGUGCGGGGGUGCAAACGCCAACUUCUCUUGGAUGUCCCAUGCACCUUUAUUGUACAGUCUUGUUCAUACUGGAAAUGUCAGUUUUGUGCGUCCCAUGUGUUGUGUGUUGUAUAGUUUUGGGUCUCGGCCCAAAAUGAUAGGCUCCAAGUCUCGCCUGUUCAGACGGAUCGCUGCACUUGGUGCUGUUCUGCGACUUGUAGGGAGAGGUCAUCUGCGGCAGGCCCACCAUAUUGAGGAGCAUUGCAGAGUAUAGGCUGCAGGCGUCUAUGGGAUGAGAGAUCUCCUCCAUGUGCUGAGGUUGGUCUGACUCCGGGCCUAUAGAGGUGUAGGACGCCGUGCCAUCCCGGUACUGGGGCAGAUCCAGCGGAUUGUAGGAAGCCUCCCGACUCCUUCACUUCUGAAGAAAUCCAUUGUGAUCGUUUCCAGGUCCAUUAAAUGCUCAUUUGGAAACUGUUAAUUCCUGUCAUUAAUUUUCAAUUGCCAAAUGUGAGGCCUUCAGCUUGUGUCACCGCUGUCUCGCUCUUACAAUUUCUUGGAUGAUUAUGUAAAUCCAGACGAUUCUCUGUAAAUAAAGUUCCUGUGCCUUCCUCCUC